AUUCUUUUUCUUUUUAAAAAUAUAAAAAGUUGUGUGUAUAAAUUUAUAACCCUCCUUCUUCAUUGAAUGGUAGCGUACUAUACAUGCUUUUCUCCCUCUUCCUUUUCUUAAUAUAUUCUGGAGAUCACUUCACACUGCAGAGAAUAUACAGAGGGGAAAAAGUAUAUUUUCUGGUCCCACCUGUGAAUUGCGGACCACAGAUACAGAGAGAAAACAAAUUGCACAUACACGAAUAUUAUCUCCAGGAUCUGAAGACUCUAAAAAAUGCUCUUCGGGAUUGCCGUGGAUUUUUCUGAAGAAGAGAAUCUGUGAAAUUAUGUGAAUAGAGGCCAUUUUUCAAAGCCAUGGGGGAAAGGGAAAGAAGUCCAGAUACUGGUAAAGAAAGUAAGGCAGGCAGACACUAUUACUCUUACUGUUCAUCUGAUUUUGGAGCCACACCACAGUCUUCUGGCCGGUCAUCGCUGGUCCAUUCCUCCUCAGCUGCAAGUGUUAAGGGGAAAAAUCCUAAAAACCAAAUUUCAGACAGCCAAGUGCAUCAUCAAGUCCCUAGGAAACUAAGCCCUAAGGGUCCACCAAACAGAAGGGGACUCCGAGUGGGAUUUCGCUCCCAUAGCCUCAAUAGGGAGUCUCUUCGGAAAGAUACUGAUCUGGUUACAAAACGGGUUCUUUCUGCAAGACUGCUAAAAAUCAAUGAAUUGCAGAAUGAAGUAACUGAACUCCAGGUCAAAUUAGCUGAGCUGCUAAAAGAAAAUAAGGCUUUGAAAAGUCUUCAGUAUAGGCAGGAGAAAGCCCUGAAUAAGUUUGAAGAUACAGAAAAUGAAAUCUCACAACUUAUUGCUCGUCAUAACAAUGAGAUUACAGCACUCAAAGAACGCUUAAGAAAAUCUCAAGAGAAAGAACGGGCAACUGAGAAAAGGGUGAAAGAUACAGAAGGUGAACUAUUUAGGACGAAAUUCUCCUUACAGAAACUGAAAAAGAUCUCUGAAGCUAGACACCUACCUGAACGCGAUGAUUUAGCAAAGAAACUCGUUUCAGCAGAGUUAAAAUUAGAUGACACCGAGAGAAGAAUUAAGGAACUAUCAAGAAACCUUGAGCUAAGUACUAACAGUUUCCAGCGACAGUUGCUUGCUGAAAGGAAAAGGGCAUUUGAGGCUCAUGAUGAAAAUAAAGUACUUCAAAAGGAGCUACAACAACUAUAUCACAAAUUAAAGGAAAAGGAGAGAGAACUGGACAUAAAAAACAUAUAUUCUAAUCGUCUGCCAAAGUCUUCUCCAAAGAAAGAAAAAGAAAUUACAUCAAGAAAAAAUGCUGCAUGCCAGAGUGAUUUUACAAACCAGUGUACAAAAGAAGUACAAACCAGUGAAGACUUGGAGCUGGAGGAAUAUCCUGUAACACCACAAACAGUUAUGUGUUAUGAAAACAAAUGGAAAGAACCUGAACGUCUUUCUUUGGAUCUGGAAUCUCAAGAGAGAGAUGAUCACGAAGAAGCAGGGAUUCUAAACCCAACUGUGGAAAGAGAAGGCAAAUUUGUUAAAGAUCAAGGACUCCAUGCCGUGACACAGGAGGCUGAGAAGCUGGAGGAUGAGCAGGGAAGAGAAGAACUUGCUAAAAAGCAAAAGGAAAAGACAUCUUUGUUGAAGAGAGAAGAAAAGCCAGUGUUGCAAACUGGAAGAUACCAAAUGGAAACGUACCAAAUUCAAAAUACUGAUAAAUUGGAAGAAGAGGAAGAAGAAAGGCUAAAGAGAGAAAUGCUACUUGCUAAACUGAAUGAAAUCAGCAGAGAACUCCAGGGUUCUCGGAAUCUAAAACAUCCUUCUCUGCCAUUGCUUCCUGAUUUGGAAUCAAAACUGCUCUCCCCAGAGAGAAACCCCAAAACACACACAUUCUUUGAAUCCUCAGAGAGAUUAUUUAAUGGGCAUCAUGUGCAAGACAUCAGUCUUUUCAGUACAAAAGGAGACGGUCAGAAACCGGGCAGCAUCAGAAAACCAGCCUCUCCAGAUGAGCUUGCAUUUGGUAGCUAUGUGCCUUCAUUUGCGAAAACAUUAGGGAAGUCAAAUCCAGUUAGCCAAAAAAGUAGCCAUUUGGAUUUCCAAAGAAACAAUAUAGAGAAAUUUAGUAAAGACAGUGUCGAUUUAAUUACAAGAAAAGAGAAAAAAGCUAAUCUGAUGGAACAGCUAUUUGGUGCCAGUGGCGGCAGCAGCAUUUCCUCUAAAAGCAGUGACCCAAAUUCUCUGGCUGCCACCAAUGGAGACUUUGACCCUCUAAAUUUUCUCCCUGGGGAUAAAAGCAGCAGGGGUAGGGAAUAUGAUGAUGAUGAUGACUUUUUCUUCAGCGAAGGAAGAAGUUUUGAUCCAAAGAGACACCAAUUAAAACAUGCAGACAAUAAACCAGCAGUAAAAUCAGUUGAUUCUGUAGAAGACGAAAUUGAAGAAGUAGCACUGAGAUGACUGACUAGAGUAUAUAUAUAUUUUUUCCAGUUGUAAAUAUUAAAAUGUUUUAAUCUAGUAUUUAUUAUAAACCUAGACCUUUUAAUAAAUAUUAAGAAAUCCUUAUUAAGCAAUAGUUUUUAAAGUAUAAAUACAGCGGAAAUGAAAAGUCGAUCAUAUCACACCGCAUAGCUAGUUUGCCAAGGAUGAAACACGCGUGCUCUUUUGACUGCAACCGAAAAUAGAGAUGCAUCUUACUUUCUUUUUACAGAUAGGUUUUACCUCUGAAUCAGCUCAGUGGGGGGGGGUUUACUCCAUUGGGGUACGUAUUCAUUUCCUAUUUUAUCCCUAAUUUAUUUAUUUAUUUAUUUUUG